AUGCAACCGACGUUGAAGAGACCAAGUGCCAGGGCAAAGGCUCCCCUAAGAAUUGUUCAUGAGUCUGGCCAGGUAUACACCGAAACCGAAUCUUCUCCGGCUGCUAAAGUAGCAAAUGGACCGGCAUGGGUUCAUGAGUCACCAUUUUUACUGAUGGGCUGGGAGGAAGGAAGUCCUUUCGGGGCAUCCCCAUUGAGGUAUUUGGCGAUGAGAACGCUGGUCUCAGAUCAGAGGAACUUGUCCACAGCUCUGUUUGCGAAUGUGCCAUGGCCUAUUGCGCGCGAUAUAUGGGACUACUUGGGUAGAUGCCGAAAACAAACUCUACACAUGUGGAAGAUAUUCGCAACGGUAUAUCCAACUGAGUUCCGAGAAAUCGAGCAGCACCGUUCAAUGAAGAUCGAAGAGCCACAAAUUUCCAUGCAAGAGUAUCUUGGAUUGGCGAAGAGCAAAAGCCUGAGUUGGCGAGUUGUGCUGACCCUGGGAGCAUCAUAUGCCCGAAUUCCCGAACUCGUUGGGAUAUCUGAGAUCAAAAACCUGGCCGCACUGGAUAUUGCUACGCCUCCAAAGCAAGAUGCAUUACCCGAUUCCGACAUACAGAUGACAGCUCUAUCGGAUCGAAUUAUUCGCGCCUGGAGCGAAAUGGCCCAGACGGCAGAUGCAUUUUCACAGCUUCGGGUUUUGAUUAUACGAAAUCAAACAUAUUUGUCAAAGAUGGCACUUUACUUUUUGAAAUCAUUACCGAACUUGCAAUUUGUCGUCGCGCUUGAAUGUCCUGGUAUUGCCUCCGCAUUCUCUGACGGCGGCGUGGAAGGAUGGAUGGUUGCAGACGCCAUGCAAUCUCCACCAGACACCCUAUACGAGCUUUACAAGGCCAACUGCAAGGCAGCGGGCAUUGAAGAUUCAACGCCAGUAUUGGAAUUUCAAAUCGGCAAGAUGAGCCCAAAGCCCCGUGGAGGAGCCAACCGUCCGAAACCCCACUGUGCCAUAUAUCAACGAACAGAUGACGGCCCUCAACGAGUGGAUCACGAACCGAGCACCAGGAAACGGAAAGAUGCAGGAGCUUCAGACAGUCAGCGUGGGCAAGCGCAUCCUCGCAAGGGCAAGGCCGUUAUGAAGGACCGUACAAAGGAUAUUGGCGAUGUGCUCAGUGGCUUUUUCUGA